AUGCAUCGUCUCCAAGUGCUAAAACUAGAUGACCUACGUGUCUCCAACAUUAGCAACAUGAUGCAAGCUUGGAAGGAAUUCUCAGAAAUCAAGCACUUCUAUUUCCGGUACAAUUAUGUAAACGGAAGUAUUGGAACUUAUGAUUUGAGACGUUUAAGACGGCUGGAGGGAUUGUUCUUGGACAAUUCUACCGUGGAUGGGAACAUUCUACAAAGUAUUGGAGCAUUGACUUCCCUCAAAAUUUUAUCUUUGUCUAGAUGCGGACUCAAUGGCACCCUUCCCUUAGAAGGGUGGUGUGAACUUAAAAACCUUCAAGAACUAGAUCUAAGUUGGAAUGAGUAUGAAGGAAUACUUCCUUCAUGUGUCGCAAACAUGACAUCUCUUAGAUUGAUUGAGCUCUCUGACAACAAGUUCACUGGAAAUAUUGCAUCGUCUCCACUUUCUAAACUAACAUCACUUGAAUCUCUCUCCCUUUCAAGCACAAUCCCUCGCCAAUUUUGUGAGAUGACCAAACUAAGCUUGAUCGACCUUUCUUUUAAUUGGCUCUCGGGUCAAAUCCCGCACUGCUUUGGUAACAUAAAGCUGGAGGUAACCGAGGAGAAGUCUAAAAUGGCUAGACACUUAUUCUAUGCAUUCGGCACAUUGGCAUCUUAUAUGUUAGAAAUGGACUAUCAUGUGCAAUUCGACAAUUAUGAUUUAAUCCAAUUAGCCGAUCUGCCAAUUACAGCGGCAUUCGUGACAAAGAGAAAUUCUUAUUCUUACAAAGGCUACAUCCUCAAUUACAUGUCAGGAAUUGAUCUCUCUUCUAAUAAAUUACAUGGUGAAAUUCCGGAUGCCCUUGGGAACUUAAGUGAGAUCCACUCACUCAACUUAUCCCACAACAAUCUUGUUGGAACAAUUCCAGUAACAUUCUCAAACCUACAUCAAAUUGAGAGCUUAGAUCUCUCCUAUAACAGCUUAAGUGGGAGGAUCCCCACUGGUCUGAUCGAGUUAAAUUUUUUGGCAGUCUUCAGUGUGGCGCAUAACAAUUUAACAGGUAGGAUACCUGAUAAACGUCAGUUUGAAACCUUUAAAGAAGAUAGCUAUCUGGAAAAUCCUCAUCUUUGUGGUCAUCCAUUAUCUGUCGAUUGUACUAGCACUGGAUCAAGACCUGUCCUACCACCUGCUGAUGAUGAAAGUGAGGAGCACGGUUUCAUGGACAUGGAGUACUUCUACAUAAGCUUCAUCGUAUCUUAUGUAUUUGUAGUGCUUUGCAUUGCUAUAGUUCUGUACAUAAAUCCUCACUGGAGAAGAGCAUGGUUCCAUUUCAUUGAGGUUUACAUAAUCCAUUUUAGAAGCCGUAUGUUCUAA